AUGAAGCUAUCUGCAAAACCCAUAUCAAGUCCGGGUCGAACCGAUAAGUUCCCGCCGCCAUUAAUGAGGUUUCUGAGGACCAAUGUUGGGAGCAGAAGCAGAGGGCGCUUACGUUCGAGCCCAAUGUUUGUGAGGAAAAAAAACACCCCCAUUGAAACCCAAGAGCCCUCUUCUCCUAAAGUCACGUGCAUGGGGCAGGUCCGAGUCCGACGAUCCUCCAAUCAAGGCGCGUCGAAACCUCUAAGAGCCCGGCGGACCGGAGUUCCGACCCUACGACGGUGUAAAUGGAUCCAAAACGCCCUGCUUUGCCGCCAUUUUCCAGGGAAAAUCAAGCCCAAGUCUUUUGGACCCGUUUGGCGUAAGUGGGUACCGUUUUUUCAAGUGGUUUUUUGCAGGAAAGGCGAAAUUAAAGAGGACGCGCCAAAGAUUGAGUCGAAAUUUGGAGAUGGAAUUGAAGUUUCAGAUGGGGAAGAAGAAGAUGACCAAGAAUAUGAAAGAAAGGCCAAAGCUUUUGUUUCUUCUUCUUCUUCUUCACCACCAAAGAACGCUUUGCUAUUAACUCGAUGCAGAUCUGCGCCGUACAGGUCUUCAUCUUUGGCCAGUAGAUUUUGGGGCUCACCUAUAAGAGCUGAAGAAACAGAGGAAGAACAGAGCACAGAGACCCAAAACGGAGGAAAUUGCACCGAGAACGAGAGACCCAUAUCAGAAAGAGAGUCCAUUUCGGAUCAAGAAGCGAAAUUAGACUCAGAAAGUGAAGAAAAAUUGAAAUUUUUCAUGGAAUUAGAGAGUUCAAUCAGAGAACGAAUGGCCAAAUCUGCAAGUAUCGAAGAUAAAGACGAGGACUUUGGAGGCUCUGCUCGACCUCUAAUACUCACAAGGUGUAAAUCAGAACCAGCAAGAACAGCAGAGAAGCUCGACCCGGAGCUGAGCUUCUGGAGAAAAAGAAGGUUGGGUAUUGUUGAUUCGUGCUCACCAAGUGUUUUGUGA